GAUCACGGCACAAAAUCAUUACUUUCUUCUCAGAUUAAUUAAAAGAAAGCAAAAGAGAUGGCCCAAAAGCUGGAAGCAAAGGGUGGUGAGGCAGGAGAGGCAUGGGACGAUGGCACAUUUGACGGUGUUAGAAAAGUAUAUGUAGGGCAAGGACAAGAUGGUAUAGCCUUCGUCAAGUUUGAGUAUGUCAAUGGUUCUGAAGUGGUUGUUGGAGAUGAACGUGGGAAGCAGACAUUGCUAGGAGCUGAGGAGUUUGAGGUUGAUCCAGAUGACUACAUCGUGUAUGUGGAAGGUUACCAUGAAAAAGUUUAUGGGGUAACCACAGAAAUCAUCACGGCACUUAAAUUCGAGACAUAUAAAGGCAAAACCUCUCAGCAAUUCGGAAUGGUCUCAGGGAUAAAGUUUGUUCUACAAGGUGGCAAAAUCGUUGGGUUUCACGGACGUUCUACCGAUGUUCUACACUCCCUUGGAGCCUAUAUUUCUUUUCCCUCCACUCCUGACUUGCUUGGAAAGUGGGUAAAGGUGGAGCAAAAAGGAGACGGUCCAAGGCUAAGAUGCUCACAUGCCAUAGCACAGGUAGGAAACAAGAUUUACUCAUUUGGUGGCGAGUUCGAACCAAAUCAGCCCAUAGACAAAGAACUUUACGUCUUUGACCUCGAGACCAGGACUUGGUCCAUUUCUCCAGCCACCGGAGACGUUCCCCACCUCUCUUGCUUAGGCGUCUGUAUGGUGUCAAUUGGUUCAACCCUCUAUGUCUUUGGAGGCCGAGACGCUUCCCGACAAUACAACGGUUUCUACUCUUUUGACACGACGAAGAACGAGUGGAAACUGCUGACUCCUCUCGAAGAAGGACCCACUCCUCGUAGCUUCCACUCUAUGGCAGCCGAUGAGAACAACGUUUAUGUUUUCGGUGGAGUGAGUGCCACGGAACGGCUCAAAACCCUAGACGCUUACAACAUCGUUGAUCAGAAGUGGGUGAAGUGUGCUACUCCGGGAGAGUCCUUUAGCAUAAGAGGAGGAGCCGGGCUCGAAGUGGUGCAAGGGAAGGUUUGGGUGGUUUAUGGAUUCAACGGAUGUGAAGUAGAUGAUGUUCAUUACUACGAUCCCGUUGAAGACAAGUGGACACAAGUAGAAACAUUCGGUGAGAAACCUUCCGGGAGGAGCGUGUUCGCUAGUGCAGUUGUUGGGAAACACAUUGUGAUCUUUGGAGGUGAGAUUGCUAUGGACCCACAAGCUCACGUGGGUCCAGGAAAGUUGAUCGGUGGGACUUUUGCGUUGGAUACAGUGACUUUGAAAUGGGAGAGGUUGGAUAAGUUAGGUGAAGAGACUCCUAAUAUCAGGGGAUGGUCUGCCUCCACAACUGGGACCAUUGCUGGUAAGAAAGGGCUGGUUAUGCAUGGUGGGAAAGCUCAGACCAAUGACCGGUUUGAUGAUCUCUACUUUUACGGGAUUGACUCUGCUUAAACGCUUUAAUUAAAACGUCGUUUGAUGAUAAUCGUUUGCGAUUGUUCGUUUGUGUGUGUGAUUCGAUAAGAGAAGGUCGUGAUCUCAUAUGAUCCUUCCUUCAUCAGCGUUGUUAAUCCUUUAGAUCACUAAGUAUGCUUAAUAGAUUAUGAGAACGAUUAGAGAUGGUUUCGGGGUGAGAUUUUCGUAUAAUAAGAGUGAUUUAGUUAAAGGGAAAAAGAAAGUGUCAGCUCGGAAACGUAAGGGAUGUUUGCAAUGA